AUGCGCUAUCGCGAGUCUACGUGUUGCAGUUUUCAUGGUGUCCUUGGGUUUGGAGGCGCCGUGCAACGGCUACAUCGUCUCGAAACACAAGUCGAAGAAGACAAACGGAAACUCAAAGCGUCUGGCGGGCUCGAAUUGCUACAAACGGCUGUCAAAUUUAGAGCUUUGAACUCAUUAGGCCAAGAAGUCUGUUGGUUUAUCACGAAGCUUCAAUGCACCGUAGCUUCCUUCACCAUGACGUCAUCAGCCAGACUGCUAGCCAAAUGUGUGUCCAGUGGGGCAGUGUCUCAGGAGGAGCUAGAAUCCGCCAACUCAUCGCAGAGCUCCGUUUUCUCCUCUCAACUGCAUGAAGCCGAACAACGAAUCAAUAUGCAUAAAGAGCUGGAGCAGCUGCAGCUAGAAUUGGAGCUACUGACGGCGGACAAGCAGAACGCAGACGCCACGCACGUGUUCUACCUUGCUGCCAGGCUGCAGGCGCUGCAGACGUUCUGCACUCACCUGCAGAAUGUCGUGAAGGACCACAAGCUCCUGGCCCAGCAACUGAGCAGUCCGCUGGGAGGUGCAAACCUUCCUGUCCCGGCCCACCUGCGCCGGUUUGUAGUGCAAGUGGUCCAGAUGUCGACGGAUUUUGUGGAGACUUGGGACGAGAAGAGAAGUGCUAUAAGCAGAUGCGCCGGCGCUGCCGCCAACCUGGAUCAGCUGAACACGUGCGUCUCGCAACUUUUGGGCCUCGCCUCGCAGGAGGAGGUGUUGGCCGAUCGGCUUCUUCGAUGGAAGGACACGUGACCAACCUCGACCGACGCUGGUCCUCCAGACCGUACCGGCCCGCUUCUGUCUUUUGUGACCGCUUCUUUUUCUUUGGAAUAAAAAUGACUGAUUAGAAA